CAUAUUCUUCUCAAGUUUUCAUCCCGUUUCUCUCCCUCUCUUUUUGUCUGCUAUUGCCGGCUCUUUUUUUCUUCGUUCUUUUCCCUCGCCGCUAUCCUCGCUCGGUGGAUUCCCUCUGUUUUUCUUUUCUUAACUCGGCUCUGUUUUCUUUCGCUGUCAGGCAACGGCCUUCCAUGUGGGAUCGCAGUUAUAAGCUGGAAUUGCACACUGGUCUCGUCGAACUGGGAAAGAAAUGAAGGAAUUUUGGUGUCUGCGGCGAAUCUCUGACAAAAUGGGGGAAGAAGGAUCUUAUGUGCUAUGCAUCACCAGCAAAGAAAACUAUGCCAAAUCCUCUGGUCAAGCUAUCUUUCUCUGUUUUCUUUUUGUUCACCAGUCACGAACAUCCGUCGAGUUGUGCAACACUGUCCUGUCGUUCUAAAAUUUGGAAAAAGAAAAUCGUCUAGACUCAAUUUAUCAGAUCAUAUCGUCAACCACAGGUUGGAAAACCAUGAGAUCUUGACGAAUUUCCAUGAAGGGUGCAGUGUAGAUAUCCCCACGUGCCUGAGAAGCCUUUCUGUAGUACAAGAAAAUUCCCAAGAAGACAAGAAUCUGGUUUCCUUGCAAGCCUUUUGAGAAAACGAGGGCCUCAAAUCAGCUCACAGGUUUGGAACCGUUUGAGAUGCACUUCUCCAAAUCUUAUCAGAACAAGAAGCAAGUGCAAUAGAGGUGGAAAAAAGCAGAAUAUUGUGACAAACGGAGAGGUCGUUGGACCACAGUACAUAGAAUAAAGCAGAGGAAAAUGUUAUUAUGACCAGCAUCAUUACUCUAAUAAAAAGCCAAGACCAAAAGAGAGAGACACGCACUCAAAGUAAGAUGAUGCCUCCACUCAAGAAUAUCAGACACAAUGCCUAAAAUUUGCCACAGAAAAACCAACUUCCAAGAGAAAAAAGCUCUUCCAAAAGACCACCAACACCAACUCCUUUUCCUUAGAGAUGGCGAUGCUCGGAUCAACCAGAACUCGACACCUGUCAGCGUCUCCCCAGGAAGAUUUCUGAGCAAAGAUCAUUUUCUUCUGGUCAAUUUGAUUAAAUUCCUCUGGAAAUAUUCACUUACCAUGGAGAAAGUUCAAGAAUUGGUGCUCAUUUGGAUUUUCCUGGCUUUGUUCCUCCAAAACGCCAGCAAUGUGGAAGGAAGACAUCACUGCCACAAGGGCCAUAAGAAGAAUCCUCACAAGGGCUCGAGUUCAAACCCACAAAUGCCUCCCCCUCCAUCCCCCACCUACUUGCCUGUGCCGACCGUGCCUAGCCCUGAGCCGUGCCACUCCAGCUCCAGCGGCAUCUUUGACGUGACCACAUUCGGGGCAGUUGGAAAUGGGUUGGCUGAUGACACCCCCGCCUUCAAGGCAGCCUGGAAGGCAGCAUGCGCAGUGGAGUCGGGUGUCGUCCUUGCUCCCUCAGGCUACACAUUCGCAAUCACUUCCACGAACUUCUCGGGCCCAUGCAAACCGGGGCUCGUGUUCCAAGUAGAUGGGGUCUUGCUGCAGCCAAAUGGACCGGAUCGUUGGCCGAAAGCAGAUAGCAAGAAGCAAUGGCUCAGGUUCUACCAGCUCAACAACAUGACUCUGACGGGGAAGGGAACUAUUGAAGGCAACGGCGAGCCGUGGUGGGAUCUUCCUUGCAAGCCCCACAGGGGUCCAAAUGGGACAACGUUGCCAGGACCGUGCGACAGCCCUGUUAUGAUAGUAUUCUUCAUGAGCGCAAAUUUGGCAGUCAACAGAUUACGAAUCCAGAACAGCCCUCAAUUCCACAUGAAGUUCGACGUCUGCCUAGGAGUGUUGGUCGAAAAGCUGUCCAUAUAUUCCCCAAAACUUAGCCCCAACACAGACGGCAUCCACAUAGGGUACACAAGAUCUGUGGGGAUAUACAACAGCAUGAUCUCAAAUGGUGAUGAUUGCAUCUCCAUCGGAACUGGAUCUUCGAAUGUCCACAUCGAGGGUGUUACUUGCGGGCCGAGUCACGGGAUCAGCAUCGGGAGCUUGGGAGCGAAUAACUCGCAGGCGUGGGUCUCGAAUAUAACAGUCCGCAACGCGGUGAUCAGGGAUUCCGACAAUGGGCUCCGCAUCAAGACGUGGCAGGGGGGGAGCGGGUCGGUCACGGACAUCUCCUACGAGAACAUCCGGAUGCAGAACGUCCUCAACUCCAUCAUCGUGGACCAGUACUACUGCAGCAACAAGGUUUGCCGGAACCAGAGCUCGGCCGUGUAUGUGUCCGGCCUCUCCUACCGCAACAUCAAGGGCACCUACAACAUGAUCAAACCACCAAUCCGCUUCGCGUGCAGCGACGCAGUGGGGUGUACCAACAUCAGAAUAUCGGAGGUCGAGCUGCUGCCUCACGUGGGCGACCUCGUCGAUGAGCCGUACUGCUGGAACGCCUUCGGCGUCCAGGAGACCCCGACCAUCCCUCCCGUUGCUUGCCUACAAAAUUGGUAGCCUCAGGCUGUGGCAGGGAGCUCUGCUUAUGGUCGCUAGGGAAGGACAAACAAGACAUCAUAGCAUUAUAAAUUUCACUAGUGACAUAAGAAAAUUGCCACAUUUGUAUAGAGGCACAUCAGGAGCCAAUUAUCUGCAUUUGGGUCUUGAUUAGAUCUUGCCUUUUCCCCAUCAGGCUCCAUCCCUACUGGGGCUUAUCCCUAAUCGUGUGGUGAAGUGUGUUAGUAUUACUGGGUCUCUUUCCUUUUGCACCUUUUGACUGGGGGUUUCUGUCUUUUUCUCCUCCAUUGUAUUAUGUUGGAUUUCUACUUUAUCAUACAUAUUUUUAUAAUGUUGUGACAAUUCAUACCAUCACCAGAUUUGGACCAUUGAA